AUGACUCCUGGAAUGAACAGUCUCGCCCAGCUCACAGAUGAGCAUGAGCGCGAACACGGUGUAAAUGUCCACCCGCUGAAGUUCACAGACCCAAAAUCAAACCCCCAUGGAUCUCCCACGUCCGCUGCCACCGAGUAUAAAGAUACUGCCAUCACGCCGACUUCGAAGGCGGAGGCUAUGACCCCAAGCCCAACUUUAGGCCCAUCUAGGGUCCUCAAGAUGAAGCACAUGUUUAAAGUCCACAACGUCGACAGCACUAGAGAGGACUCGAACAGCGCAAAGAGGGGCAGAAAAGACCUAGCCGGACUUCCUCGCGACGACGACCGACUUCUCGUCACCCCCGAUCCGGAACACCCGCACAAGCACCACUACUCCCAUCGAGAGGACAUUGAGAGUACCAACCCUGCUGCUCAGGACGACAGAAUCAACGAUAACAUCCUUGAGAUCGACCCGGGUGCAGACCAAGAGGCCCCGAAGGCCGACGACUAA